AAUGUGAGUACUUCGGUUCAAAGGGAAAACAUAAACAAAAAGAAAGGAAGGUGUGGAAUUCUAAGUGAUAUUCAGGCCGUUUGCGUGUGUCCAGAAGGUUGCAUAUCUCAAAGUAAACCAUAAUUAACUCAUUGUUCGAUGGAGUAUUUGUGAAUUGAGUAAAUAGUUGGAAUAUAACUGCAAGCAGGUGAAGUUUGAACCUCUUGAGUGUGAAGGUGGUCGAAGUUAUCCCCCGGCGCCAGGGAUGUGAUUGAUGUUCACCAGCUUUAGGAGUUCACACGAGUCGGAAUUUGACCAACAAUUGGCAUUCGAAUUGUGUAAUUCCAGACAGUCAGUAGAAAGUGUGUCAUCUGUCAUUAAUCCUGACCCUCAUCCCUCUACAGGAAGUUGUGAGCGACCUUGACCGACCUCGGCCAUGGCGGCUGAGGAGCAACUCACUCCUGAGGCUUCAGCAACUAUCUCGGCUUUUUCUUUGAUGGAUUCCUCCAGACUCUCCACAUUUGUCAUCUCUAUACUACUGAUUGUGUACGGAAGUUUUAGAUCUUUGAACCUGGAGCAAGAACAUCAAGAAAAAGAAAAAGAGAAGGAUUCGUACCCUUCAGCUGAUAAUGAAGGACAGGUCCAGACCAUUGAUUCUUGCCAAGCUGCAUUUCUCCCAAUUGGGGCCUCAAUUUCCCUCCUUGUGAUGUUCCUCUUCUUUGACUCACUACAGAUGGUUUUUGCAAUUUGCACUGCAGUGUUGGCGACUGUAGCAUUUGCCUUCCUCCUGUUGCCCAUGUCUCAGUACGUCAUCAAACCAUGCUCCAGUGGACAAAAGAUAUCAUUUGGUGUGUGUGGCCGGUUCACUGCCGCGGAGAUACUCUCUUUCUGUCUGUCCUUCUUCAUAGUGUGUAUCUGGGUCCUCACUGGCCACUGGCUACUCAUGGACGCCCUGGGUAUGGGGCUCUGUGUGGCGUUUAUAGCCCUCGUUAGACUUCCCAGUCUCAAGGUGUCCACGCUACUCCUGGUUGGUCUUCUUAUCUACGAUGUGUUCUGGGUGUUUUUCUCUUCCUACAUAUUUAGUGCCAAUGUAAUGGUAAAGGUAGCCACUCGACCCGCAGAAAACCCUGUGGGGGUUCUUGCCAAAAAGCUGCACCUAAAUGGUCUGAUGAGAGAUGCUCCAAAACUAUCCUUGCCAGGAAAAUUAGUGUUUCCAAGUAUGCAGAAUUCUAGUCACUUUUCCAUGCUGGGCUUAGGAGAUAUAGUGAUGCCAGGGCUUCUGCUCUGUUUUGUGCUGCGGUACGAUGCGUACAAGAGGUCCCAGGUGACGUCCAUUGAGGCCGGUGUACCGCCACCUUCCAACUACGUACAGAAGCUCACAUACUUCCAUUGUUCUCUAGUAGGCUAUUUCUUAGGUUUGUUAACGGCCACCGUUUCCUCUGAAGUGUUCAAGGCCGCCCAGCCUGCCCUCCUGUACCUGGUUCCAUUCACUUUGUUACCCCUGCUAACGAUGGCAUACCUCAAGGGAGAUCUUCGGAGAAUGUGGCACGAACCCUUCAUCGUUCAAAUCCAACCCAAAAACCUGGAUGUAUAGCGGCCCGUCUACAGCAUCAGUCGAUAAUGAAAACUCCAGCAUUUCUCACUCAUUACAUCCAUACCCAGGCCAGAUUUCAGAAUAGAAGAUGUUUGUUAUAUUUUUUACUUGAUUUACAAGAACCUGAAGGCCAUUCAAGGACAAAAGUGUUACCGUAUAAUCAUCAUGGCCAUUUCUGUGUGUCGAACAUGUGAUAGUUCUGGGGAAAGAGUUCAGGAGAACAUUUAUUUCAUGAAGUUGAAAUACUUCACACAAGGAUUUCUUGGAAGCUAAAUGGUGAUUACUUCUUUGUGAAAUCUUUGAUUUGAACAUUGCAAGAGUAAUGAUAUCCAUAAGUUGAAUCAGAAUAUCUGUAACUUGUGUGAAAAUCUCUGAGGACAAAGAGCAGAGGACAGGAUGUGGCCUGGGCUUAGACAAUUAAAAAUGAAACAAACAGCCAGCUAGUUUAUAUGCAGAAGGAAGACUGUAGAAUGAAGACUUUAUACCAGAGUGAAAAAUGCACAUCUGAUGUUAGAGGAAAUUUACAAAUGAUAUUCUGCAUUUGAAGUGAAGGAAUGAUAUGAUAGGACAGGUGACCAUGGCAACAAUGAACAGGACCAAAAUGGUUUCCAGGAGUUUGUGUAUUUGUAUGAGCAGGGAGAGGCUCUGGUGAAGGUCCUGCCAGUUACUAACAUGUUGCUGUAGAUUUUUCGGAGAUACCUGAAUGUUGGCGUGUGGGAUAUACAUAUGUUAUCGGAGAUACCUGAAUGUUGGCGUGUGGGAUAUACAUAUGUUAAAGAGACAAUGUUGGCGUGUGGGAUAUACAUAUGUUAUCGGAGAUACCUGAAUGUUGGCGUGUGGGAUAUACAUAUGUUAAAGAGACAUAUUCCUAUGCUAUUGUUGUACCUGUUCUGGCUACAAGCCUCACAGGGUGUCAAUCUGCUUAGCUGUUAGGAUGUUAUCAUUGUGUAGCUAGAUUUCAUAUUCAUGGAUUUUUGGUUUGUUACGUGACAAGCUGAUGUAUAUGUGUUUAUAUGUUAUUUAUGUGUUAUCCUACCCAGCUACUGUAUGGAUGUUGGUACUUGUUUGGUAGCCUCUAUGCCAGUGAGAUGUUUUAAGGAACGUUGACUUAUCAGAGUUCACAGCCCUGAGUACAUGUUAUGUCAUACACAAUAUAUUACGGUACCAGGCAUUUAUGUAUGGCGUAUUUUAAUUGAGUUAUGGGAAGGUAGCUGAAAUUCAAAUGAUUUUUACUUAUAUUUUAGACUUUAAAAUUUUAUGUGACUUUAACAUGUAUAGGGUAAGAAACAUAUUUUUAAAAUCAAGUAAAACUUGUUGUAGAAAACACAGUGCUUAGCUGGAAUAUGUAAGGCAGACAGAUUCUUUUACCAUAGAGUGAGAGAAAAACCUCUACUUUUAGCAGGGAGUGAGAAAAUAUUGAGGCAAAGGAGGUAAUUCAGAUUUUAAACAUUGUUAAAUUUUAAAACCAUAUGCUCUGUCAAGUUUUAAUAA